CAGACUGUGACGACGCACCAGGAUGCACGUGCUUCCCUGGUUGAACUUCAAGAUGGCAGCGUCCGUGUGUCGGUGUUACGAGCUCAUUGGCAGGAAUGCCUUGGGUCUCUGCACACGUUCUGUGCUCAGUGCCACAUGGAAAAGAGAUGCCUACAGGUUACACAGGAGCCCGGCUGCAGCUGUGCAGGUCCGGUAUGCUUCAGGGCGGAAAGGUUUUCUCGGGGAGUUUGUUGAUAAUCUUCGUCAGGAGUUCAGUAAGAACCAGGAGAUGAGGGAAAACAUCAAGAAGUUCAGGGAAGAGGCCAAGAAGCUGGAAGAAUCCGACGCCCUGCAGCAGGCCCGCAGGAAAUAUAAAUCUAUUGAGGCAGAGACGGUAAAGACUUCUGAGGUGUUUAAGAAGACCUUUGGCUCUCUGUCAGAAACUGUCAAAGAGGGUCUAGAGGAGGUGACUCGUACGGAUAUAGGAAAGAAGAUCAAAGAAGGCGUGGAAGAGGCUGCGAGGACAGCCAUGCACUCUGCAGAGUCCGUGUCUAAGGGUGGAGAGAAACUGGGCCGGACCAGCGCCUUCAAGGCCAUCUCACAGAGCGUUGAGUCCAUGAAGAAGGAGAUAGAUGUCGGAGACGCCGGCCCCUACAGAGCUCCUGCUCAGCUUAGAAUGAGAAGUGACUUUUCAUUUAAAGGGCCAGACAAUGACAGCAGAGUGUUUGAGGCCAAUGAAGAAGCUCUGGGGGUGGUUCUGCAUAAGGAUUCAAAGUGGUACCAGCAGUGGAAAGACUUCAAGGACAAUAAUGUGGUCUUUAACCGAUUCUUUGAGAUGAAGAUGAAAUAUGAUGAAAGUGACAAUGCUCUCAUCAGAGCAUCCAGAGCCAUGACUGACAGAGUUACUGACUUUUUAGGUGGCCUUUUCUCGAAGACAGAAAUGUCAGAAGUGCUGACAGAGAUUCUGAAGAUAGAUCCCAAGUUUGACAAGGACACUUUCCUCAAGCAGUGUGAGAAAGACAUCAUCCCGAACAUCCUGGAGGCUAUGGUCCGUGGAGAGCUGGAUGUGUUAAAGGACUGGUGCUAUGAAGCUACAUACAGACAGCUGGCCCAUCCCAUCCAGCAGGCCAAGGCUCUAGGUCUUCUCUUUCAGUCCAAAAUUCUCGACAUUGAUAAUAUAGACUUGGCAAUGGGUAAGCUGAUGGACCAGGGCCCGGUGCUGAUCAUUACCUUCCAGGCUCAGGUCGUCAUGGUGGUCCGCAGCCCAAAAGGAGACGUUGUGGAAGGCGAUCCGGGGAAAGUGAUGAGGAUGAUGCACGUGUGGGCCCUGUGUCGAGACCAGGAGGAGCUGAACCCCAACGCAGCCUGGAGGCUGUUGGACAUCUCCGCCUCCAGCACAGAGCAGAUCCUCUAAUAGGAGGUCGCAUGGGACGCAGAUGAAUGUAUCCUCUGAUGGACAAACCGUGAAGGACGGCUGGAAUCCGCUCCAAAGCAGAGCAAACCCCUUCUCCUCUGUGCCGACUUUCCAGAAGAUUCAUGUGCACAUGUACAUAGUUGAUGCUCGAUCAUUUGCUGGAAUCUGCAUCCUGACUUCCAUGGACAGAGAUAUGAGUAAAACACCUAAACCUUCUUGUUAUUAAUGCCUGUUAAAACAGAAUCACAAUACUGAAGCCUUCAUCCUGUGCUGCUCCUCUUCCAUACUAGUGGCAAGAACUAUUCUUGAAGUAAACGGAGUAAGUUCAUCUCCAUUGUAAACUGGUUGUAUUUAAUCACAGAAAGAUGGCAUCUUGUAGGUGGAAAAAGUGGACCUUCAUCUUUUAUGUCUGUUGAAGUUUUGAGAGUUGUGUCAACGUGCCCCUGUAUUUUUAUCACUUUUCUUUUUGAACAUUGGAGGCAUAGUGUAAGUAGCGAUAAAUUUGCAUUUGUGGACAGUGGAAAUGUUCUUCACACUAUUAACACAGAAGAAGUAAGUUCUAAUUGGCAGAAACUAGAGAUGGACAUUAGACAUUUGUGGCAGUUUUUGCUGAAUCUGGUUUUUCUUUAAGAUUUAGAGCAAGAUUCAGAAAUUAUGAUUUUUGCAGCAUUCAUGCCUUGAGCAACCAGUUAUUUACGUUGAGAGCAAAGGUGACAUUAUGCAAUUGAAUGAUACAAAAGUUUCUCCAAAAAGAUUGGUGUGUCCCAUUAUUGCUAAAACGAUAACAUACUUCAGAAGUUUACCAUUACGUAUUAGUAUUUUGCCUUCCUAAACAGCACUUCAUGUGUAUAUCCUAGACCUAGAGAAUGUAGAGCCUAACCUUACUUGAGGAUUUCUAAGAAACUGCCAACAUUUCCAAAUCAUGCUCAUAGAAAUGUAUAUUUGCUUUUAGUUCAGCCUUCCUAUUACCCGCUGAAAGUCUUGCUCUCUCACUCCCUGUCGCUGAAUUUUUUCUUUCUAAUGGUUUCUUACAUUUUGUUUGGUUAAAACGAAGUGCUUCUUCUGACUUCAUUUUAAACACGCCACUGAAAAUAGCUACCGGUGAAUCUUCUCAGUAUCCAUAUUGAAGAAUGCUGUCAGCAGGAGUGUUCACUCAUUAGGUUGCUAAAAAUCAGGUGGUUCCAGUCAGAAGCUGAUGAUUGAAAUCAAAUAGCAGCAAAACAAUUCUCCUCUUGUGUGACCAUAACACAAACUGUUGGACAUGUAAAAACUGGGUGGAACUUGAUGAUCUGAUGAACUUCAGUCGAUGUUUUGGGUUUAUGUUUUUUUUUUCUAGUGAAAUAACUUCUCCAAUCUCAACGAAGGCAGAAAUUAGUGAUUGUAAAUAGAUGUAAUAGAUCUUUGUCUGUUGUUUUACCAACUUUGUGGGUUUAUUUCACACAUAAAAGUACAAUGAAAUUAGAUGAUUUGAAUAUAAAACAUUCCAAGUAACGAUGUAUUGAUUUAACGCCACAGCUGCUCUUGGAUAACGAGUUUAUUAGCUACAUUAUCAGGAAUACCACACAUUAUGUUUUGCUAAGUUGCAGUGCAGUGUGUCCUUCUCUUCAUCUACAUCAUAACCUGUAAGUAAAUGAGAUGUGCAUUGUUUCGUUUCAUUUUAUCAUUCAGGCAGCUUCAGGUUUCCAGAAUCGUUUUGUUCGACCAAAGUCCAAUCAUUCACCUGUUUGUCUUACACAACUGCUCUGUUUACGUUUCUGAAUGUGGCUUUUAAGCAAUGGUGACAAAUGAGUCUUUUACUGAACAGACCGCAUUGUUGUUUGAAAUAUUAUUGAUGUUUCUGUUGAGUCCAUUUGUGUCAACGACGAUGCCAAAAUUCAUGGCUAUGUCCAACAGGCAUAGCAUGCUCUUAUUUUGUUAGACAGGAAGUCUUGUAUGUAGGUUAAAAUGUCUAUCUGCUCAUCUUAUAGGUAAAAUACUUCAAUGAUCCAAAUUUAGUGCUUUUACUGAUGCAAAGUGGUUCUGAUGCAAGAAAUUACACACGGCCCAGAAAACUCUUCCCAUAGCAUAAUGCUUCCUCCUCCUUGUUCGACUGUGAGGUCACGCUCGGCUCUUUUUCUUCUCUUUCUCUAAACAUGGUGGGUUAAGUUUAUGCCAAAAAGCACCAAUUUAUGGAGAUGUUCUCUUGCAAAUAUGUACACAUAACUUAUUCUCCUUGUACAUAAUAUAAUAUCAGAAUCCUGUUGGAAUAAAAUACAUUUUGUUUGUCCUGUCCUCAA